CGCCUUCAACCGUAUUCAAAGUUAAGAUGUUGCAACGCUUCCUUAGCCUCCGGCGAAGCUUCUCUCGCCUCGCAGGAUCCUUAAUUGAACUGGGGAAUAUGUAUUGUUCCACAUAUCCUCCACAGCCCCAACUCUCAGAGCUCGACCAGACCAUGGCUUCCGUGCAGUUUAUUUCAUUAAACUCGAGCUUUUAUCUCAUGGGUCUUUGCAGGAACAUAGAUACCCUUAUCAAGUUCCACGGGUUGCUUAUAGUCCACGGCCUUGUCGGCAAUCUUCUCUGUGAUACAAAGUUGGUCGGUGUUUAUGGCGCACUUGGGGACGUGGACUCUGCUCGAUUGGUGUUCGAUCAAAUGCCGGACCGAGACUUUUAUGCAUGGAAGGUGAUGAUCAGGUGGUAUUUCUUGAAUGAUAUGUUCGCGGAUAUUAUUCCGUUCUAUAAUAGCAUGAGAAUGUCUUUCACAGAGAGUGACAACAUUAUUUUUUCGAUUAUCUUGAAAGCUUGUAGUGAAUUGCGUGAAAUUGUUGAAGGGAGGAAAGUCCACGGCCAGAUUGUGAAGGUGGGGGGUCCGGAUAGUUUUGUAUUGACUGGUUUGGUAGAUAUGUAUGCAAAAUGUGGGCAAAUUGAGUGCUCAUGCGCAGUGUUUGAAGGAAUUAUUGAUAAGAACGUGGUUUCUUGGACUUCAAUGAUUGCUGGGUAUGUACAAAAUGAUUGCGCAGAGGAGGGUCUGGUUUUAUUCAAUCGGAUGAGAGCAGCAUUGGUUGAGAGCAACCAAUUUACUUUAGGGAGCAUAAUCACUGCGUGUACAAAAUUAAGAGCUCUGCAUCAGGGGAAAUGGGUCCAUGGCUAUGCCAUUAAGAAUGUUGUUAAACUUAGCGCUUUCUUAACGACGACUUUUUUGGACAUGUAUGUCAAAUGCGGGCAAACUAGAGAUGCACGUAUUAUGUUUGAUGAACUUCCUACUAUUGAUCGUGUUUCAUGGACUGCAAUGAUUGUUGGAUAUACCCAAGCUGGCCAACCCAAUGAAGCAUUGAGGCUAUUCGCUGGUGAAAUAAGGUCUGAUCUUUUACCCAAUUCAGUCACUGCAGCCACUGUUCUUUCAUCGUGUUCGGUCUCUGGUAAUUUAAAUUUAGGAAUGUCAGUUCAUGGACUUGGGAUUAAACUUGGGCUGGAAGAGUGUGGAGUGAAGAAUGCUCUCAUUGACAUGUAUGCUAAAUGCCAUAUGAUAGAUGAGGCUUAUGUUAUAUUUCAUGGGGUUUUGGAAAAAGAUGUGAUUACUUGGAACUCAAUGAUAUCUGGGUAUGCUCAGAAUGGAACUGCAAAUGAAGCCCUUUUGCUCUUUAAUCAAAUGAGAUCAAGCUCCGCAGCACCCGAUGCAAUAACACUAGUGAGCGCCCUUUCUGCAUCUGCCACUCUAGGUGCUGUACAUGUUGGUUCAUCGCUUCAUGCUUACUCGAUAAAAGUAGGCCUCUUUUCAUUGAAUCUUUACAUUGGCACAACGCUUUUGAACUUUUAUGCCAAAUGUGGCGAUGCUAAAUCAGCACGUAUGGUGUUCGACAGUAUGGGAGAUAAGAACAUUAUCACGUGGAGUGCGAUGAUAGGUGGUUAUGGGGUGCAGGGUGAUGGAAGUGGAUCCCUUGCAAUUUUCUCUGACAUGUUGAAGGAGGAUGUGAAACCCAAUGAAGUUAUUUUCACGACAGUAUUAUCUGCUUGUAGCUAUUCAGGAAUGGUCGCUGAGGGAUGGAGGUAUUUCAAAUCUAUGAGUCAGGAUUAUAACUUUAUGCCUUCCAUGAAACACUAUGCCUGUAUGGUCGAUCUUUUGGCCCGAUCUGGCAGACUGGAUGAAGCAUUGGACUUUAUUAAGAAAAUGCCAGUUCAACCAGAUAUUAGUUUGUAUGGAGCUUUUCUUCAUGGAUGUGGAUUAUACUCGAGGUUUGAUCUCGGAGAGGUGGUAGUCAAGGAAAUGUUACAGCUUCAUCCGGAUGAAGCUUGCUAUUAUGUGCUUUUAUCUAACCUGUAUGCUUCAGAUGGGAGAUGGGGUCAAGUUAAUCAGGUGAGAGAGUUGAUGCAACAGAGAGGAUUGAACAAAGACCCAGGGUAUAGCCUAGUAGAAACGGAUGCUGAUUUUGUCCACGGAUGGUGGUUCAUUUUCUGGGAAAACCCCUGAUAUUGCAUUGGGAAAUGUUUCAUGCAAGGUUGAUGGCGUUGAGCAACUCAAGGGACUAUCUUAAAAAGUUGUCGAAGCUCAAAAAACACUGAGGAACAUUGGUCACUUCAGUCAAAGGACAAUGCCAUAUGGCUUUUAGCCUUAACCAUAUCUGAUUCUUAUGAUUCGCAUGACUAUCCACCAAAUGAUUGUCAGAUAAAUCAUGAAGGAUUAUGGAAACUAGCUCUACUUGUUAACAACACGGUUACAUUUGGUGCAGAGCUGGAUUUGAGGGAUUCUGCAUUGGGGCAUCAGGUCGAGAUAUCAUUGGGACUCGGGACGGCCUCGUUUACAUGUGGAAUCAUCUACAGGAAAUAAAAUGGGCACUCUUCUUCAUUUCAAAGGUGCAAGUGUUUUUUGUAUUGCGAUUGAUUAUAGAGAGACAGGUGUCGUGGCUGUGGCGGCUAGGCUUCUGGUUUAUCUACUUUCGGCAGAUGAACCAUAAAUGCACAACCAACAAAGGAAAUUCGUUACUUGUAGAUUCUGCACACCCCACCAGCGAAAUGAUUAGUUUUAGUUGGUGUCUGCCGUGACGUUGAUAUGAUAAAGGAUUUACUGUGACGUGGCUGCAUUCGAGACCACGAUGAAUGUAAAUAAUCAUUCAUUAUGACAUAAACAAAUCAUACUUUCAUGUAGACAACCGAAUUACUUUUCCUUCCUUUGUGCUCGGAGUUUAAGAUCGUAAAAAAAUUGUGCUCUCAAAUUAGAUCAAUAGAAUUAUUAUAUACAAUAUUUUGAAUUGCAUACUUAACCUGCCCAAACCGGUCGAUUUCACCUUCGGUGUGCUGCCUGUGUUUGAGGGAAGCAGAAUCCUUAGAUCAUCUGUUUCUUCACUGCACUUUUGCUUCUAAAGGCUAGCAGGUUUUGUUUGAUAUUUUUGGGAUAGUAAGCUGUAUGCGGAUUGGAUGAUGGAAAACUUUUCUUGGAUGGCAUUUGAAAGGAAAGACGUAUUUUUUGUGGAAGUGUGAGUUCCGAGCACUUCUCUGGAAUCUAUGGAUGGAAAGGAAUCUCCACUCUUUUGAUGAUAAGUCAAAGUCUUUUGAUUCUUUUUGUAAUAGCGUAUAUAUUACAACCUCUUGGUAGUGCCAUAGAAAU